GCGUUCUACCCCUCCCCGCUACGAACCGGCCCUCGGGCUAGGUGUGUCAAGCUGUCCUGACUGGAGCCAUGGAGGAAGAUGAGCAUAAGAUGUCAUUGGUGUUCAGAAAACUCUGCUCGCCAAUGAAGCUGGAGAGAGAUCGCGGGCUGGAAGAGCUCCGGGGCCUUCUUCCAGGACUUAUUCCUGCUGAGGCAGAACAGCUGCUGGCAGAGGCCAGCGCCGUGCUGGACCAGCCAGAGGUUGUCUGGCACCACCAGCUUGGUGCUCUCACCUGCUUAAGCUUGAUCAUCGAGACACGCCAGGAGAAGCUGCCAAAUGAUAAGAUUUCACACUUGAUAGAGCUCCUGGCAGCCUACCUGUCCCACCAGGAGGCCAGGGUUCGCAUUGCCACUGGUGAGCUGCUGGGCCGGCUGUGCUCGCUGCACGGCCCCGCCGUGUUCGACGACGUGCAGCCCACCCUCAGUACGCUGAUCCUGACCAGCAUGCAGGCGGCAGAGGACGACGAGGACAAGUGGGAGACCAGCUCGGUGACGUCUCGCGACUCUGCCGACGUGUUCGCCAACACGAGCAGCUGGACAGUGCUGGAGACGAGUCUGCGCGCGCUGGAGCAGCUGGUGCCAGCGGCGCACCUCCAGGCGAGCGAUGAGCUGCUGAACCUGGUAAUUCCUGCGCUGAAGCACAGAAACCGGUUCGUUCGAGAGGCGGGCUUCGGCUGCCUGACAGCGUUUCUGCCGAAGGAAAACUUCGAGCACGGCUCUGGCGUGCCGCCGGUGUACGAUUUCGGUGAUCGGCUGGCCGCGGCCAUAGCAGACGGCAUGGACGACAACUGGAGCCAGGUGCGGAUGGCAGCCUCUGUGGCGGCACGGCGCUUCCUGUGUGGUCUGUCUGCCGAGCAGAGGCAGCACUACCUGCCGUGCCUGCUGCCCAGGGUCUGUCUCAGCAGGUAUUACGUGGCCGAGGGCGUGAAGAUAUACAACCAGCGAACGUGGGAGACGAUCGCUGGUCAGCGUGGCAGGGAGUUGGUGGAACAAUACAUCAACGAUGUGGUGGAGUACUAUCUGGUGGCCACCACCGCUGAGAACCACGCCGUGCGCGAAGCGGCCUGCUACUGCAUCACCGAGCUGCUGAAGAAGCUGUCGCCGCAGACUCUGGCGCCGUACGCCGAGCGGGUUCUGGACGCGCUGCUCGUGUGCUUCCAGGACGACAGCUGGCCCGUCAGAGACACUGCCUGCCUGGCGGUGGGCCGACUGCUGGUGGCGUUCCCGGAGACGUGCCGGCCCCACCUGGACCGACUGUACCCGCUGCUGUUCUCCAAUCUCCACGACAACAUUCCGUCGGUGCGACAGGGAGGUGCCGAGGCGCUGGCCAACGCCGUCCGCGCCUACGGGGAACAGGCGCUCACGCUGGUCAUGAACAGGGUCCGUGAGGACCUGACGGCGCUCAAGGACGAGCCGGAGCCAAGUGGCCCCGCCGCCGCCCCUGGUGGAUACGCUGAACGGAAACAGCAGCGGGACAACGACGAGCAGCUACACACCAACCAGACGAUGUACUCGUGCGGCUCGCUGGCGCCCAAGAUGGCCGCCGGCGGGUGCUCAGCGUGCCACCGGUUCCGCCGCCCGGUCGAGCUCUGGGAGGCGGCCGACGGCAGCGCGCGCCUGCUGGCCGAGCUGGCCGCGGCGCCCGGCUGCGGCGGCGCCGUGUCCGACACCGUGCCGCUGCUGGCCGCCGCCGCCGGCCGCCGUCACUACAGCCACCACCUGCAGCUGCUGGAGACGGUGUGCCGGGCGCUGCCGCCGCUGGCCACUGGCAUUGGCAAGCGCUGCUUCAAAACGCACCUGCACCUGCUGCUAGACACCAUCAUGUACUCACUGACGUGUGAGAGUCAGCUGGCGGCGGAGGCCGGCCGCUGCUGCGUGCAGCAGCUCUCCGGACUGCUGGGCCCCAACAUCUUCCGCGGCCGAGUGGAAAACCACAACCCCAGCUAUUUAACAACACUCGACCGUUUUCUGCCACCGCCGCUGGCUUGAGGCGAGCCAGGGAUCCGGGAUGGCGAACUGCUGCGAGAAUCGAUGGCUUCUGCGGGGCGUCAACCAGCCAGCUACCGGUGUAACCUGCCCACUGACGGCGGAGUCAGGCGACCGAGCGCGGAGACGCCAGUUCAUGACCGACGCUGGCUUACGGAGUUUGAGAUGUGGCUGUAUCAUGUUGUCAUUCCGCUUCAGGGCAAAUGAUGAAGGCCCGAGUCGGAACUUUGUUGUUGAUUUACGUAGGAUGUGUCGUGCUUUCACGAAAUACAUUGAAUAUUGAUGUCAAGAACGAUCGCGCAGUGAAGGUUGAAUAGGAUGAGGGAGCUUAACGGACUAUGGAGCAUUGUCUAAUUUUCUCAUCCACAUUCCACGCUGCGGCGUUUGACUAGAGUACGGAGAGCACCGUUGGGAUGAGGGGAUGAAAGCUUCCCUGUUCUAAUCUGGAUCCUGUAAAGACGAGGUGUAUUCGAAUGCCUGUCAAAGACUUUUGAAUUCUUUUGGGCUUGUCGAUGUAAAAUGAGAUAACUUGAAGUCGAGUAAGAUCGUAUCGUUGCGAAAAAGAGAUCGGAGUUCUACGUUCUCGCAAAUCACAUCAUCGGCUACCGCUGUUAGGAUCUCACAUGAGACAUAUCUGUUGGUUUUGAGGUAAAUUAAAUUGCUCGCAGGCUUAUUUUGCAGGAGUGGCUUUGAGGGUUGUAAUAUUUCU